GGUGGAAUCCUCAUUUCCAUUCUGCCCUUCAACUGAUUCGCCACCAUUUUCGUCUCAUCUCACCAUUAUUCUCUCACACGAUAUCUCCAUUCUUCCUUUCAAUAUUUCUCAAUACCACUUUUUCUUUCUUCUUUCUUCCUUGUCCUUAGUUUCAACCUUGUCUACUUAAACCCUUCCUGCCCUUCUUCUUCCUUUCAUUCCUACAACCUCCUUUUCUCUCCAUCUCUGAGAGUGCAACUGUUUUUCUGCUUCUCUUUCGGGUUCACCUACCUCAAAAGAGGAUAGAAGAUAUGGCAAUGGCUGCGGGGGAGAGAAACAAGUUGCAAAAAAGCUAUUUUGAUGUUUUGGGUUUGUGUUGCUCGUCGGAAGUUUCCCUCAUAGAGAAAAUACUGAAGCCUCUUGAUGGUGUGAAGGAGGUGUCGGUGAUCGUUCCGUCCAGAACCGUGAUAGUUGUCCACGAUAGCCUCCUCAUUUCUCAGCUUCAAAUUGUAAAGGCAUUGAAUGAAGCGAGGUUGGAAGCGAAUGUGAGAGCGUAUGGAGGAAGGAAUUACCGGAGGAAAUGGCCGAGCCCCUUUGCAGUUGCUUGUGGUGUGUUACUUGCACUAUCUUUUUUAAAGUAUGUGUUCCCUCCCUUCAAAUGGCUGGCUGUGGCCGCCGCGGCCGUUGGCAUCUAUCCGAUUGUUCUCAAGGGGUAUGCAGCCCUCAGGAAUCUAAGGAUUGAUGUCAACAUUCUCAUGCUUAUAGCAGUGAUAGGGACAAUUGCCAUGAAAGACUAUAUUGAAGCUGGAACCAUUGUGUUCCUGUUCACCACUUCCGAAUGGCUUGAGUCAAGGGCAAGCCAUAAGGCUACUACUGUGAUGUCCUCGUUGAUGAGCAUUGCCCCUCAAAAGGCAGUAAUAGCCGAAACAGGAGAAGAAGUGAAUGCUGGUGAAGUCAAAUUGAAUACCAUCCUUGCAGUUAAGGCCGGUGAAGUUAUACCAAUUGAUGGAAUUGUGGUAGAUGGGAAAUGUGAAGUUGAUGAGAAAACAUUAACUGGAGAGUCAUUCCCAGUUGCCAAACAAAAGGAUUCAAUUGUAUGGGCCGGUACCAUCAACUUAAAUGGUUACAUCAGUGUAAAAACUACCGCCGUAGCUGAAGAUUGUGUGGUGGCUAAAAUGACCAAGCUAGUAGAAGAAGCUCAAAACAGCAAAACUAGGACACAGAGAUUCAUAGACAAAUGCGCCCAAUUCUACACCCCAGCUGUGAUACUUAUAUCAGCUAGCCUUGCUGUGGUUCCAGCUGCAUUAAGAUUGCAUCACCGAAACCACUGGUUUCACCUAGCGUUGGUUGUUUUGGUGAGUGCAUGUCCUUGUGCACUUAUCCUCUCUACACCUGUCGCAACUUUCUGUGCACUAACACAGGCAGCAACAUCAGGACUUCUAGUUAAAGGAGGCGAUUAUCUUGAAACUCUUUCCAAAAUUAAGAUCACAGCUUUUGAUAAAACUGGCACAAUCACAAGGGGUGAAUUUGUUGUGACUGAUUUUCGAUCUCUUUGUGAAGAUAUAAGCUUGGAGACAUUGCUCUACUGGGUCUCAAGCAUUGAGUGUAAAUCAAGUCAUCCGAUGGCUGCUGCGCUAGUUGAGUAUGGAAGGUGGCAUUCCAUUGAGCCAAAACCUGAAUAUGUGGAGGAAUAUCAAAAUUUCCCUGGUGAAGGUAUAUAUGGAAAAAUUGAAGGGAAAGAUGUGUACAUUGGCAGCAGAAAAAUUUCACGUAGAGCUGGUGGAGCAGUCCCAAAUGUUGAAGGCAGUUCAAAAGAAGGAAAGACUUUGGGAUAUGUAUACUCUGGAGCAAACCCAGUUGGAAUUUUCAAUCUUUCUGAUUCCUGUCGAACUGGGGCAGCAGAGGCAAUGGAGGAGCUAAAAUUAAUGGGGAUUAAAACUGCCAUGCUUACAGGAGACAAUACAGCAGCAGCAUCACAUGUGCAGAAACAGUUAAGCAAUGGUUUGGAUGUCAUCCACGCGGAGCUUCUUCCUGAAGAUAAGGCAGAAAUAAUCAAAGAGUUUAAGAAAGAAGGGACAACAGCAAUGAUUGGAGAUGGCAUGAAUGAUGCACCAGCACUUGCUACAGCUGACAUUGGUAUCUCAAUGGGAAUUUCGGGUUCUGCUCUCGCAACAGAAACUGGACAUGUAAUUCUCAUGUCAAAUGAUAUUAGAAAAAUACCAAAAGCUAUCCAGCUAGCAAGAAGGGCUCAUAGGAAAGUGAUUGAGAAUGUCACUAUGUCAAUCAGUACAAAGACUGCAAUUCUAGCUCUGGCAUUCGCUGGUCAUCCACUUGUGUGGGCUGCAGUUCUUUGUGAUGUUGGGACAUGCUUGCUGGUGAUUCUGAAUAGUAUGCUUCUACUGAGAGGAACACACAAACAUGGAGGGAAGUGCUGCAAAUUUUCAGCAUCAUCUCAUUCCAAUAAAAAUGGAUGCAAAUCUAGCCAUUGCCACUCGUCUCACAAUCAUAAGCAUGCUCGUCCUUUGGAAAAUAAAGUUCAAAGGGGAUGUAAGGCUCAAAAGUGUUCUUCGCAAAAGUGCGCUUCAAAUUGUCAGUCUACCCCUUCUAAUUUGAAUUCAUGUGGGGAUACGAGGUGUGUGAGCACAAGUAAGACACAUGACAUUUGUGUUCUCAAGGAAGAAUCUGAUGAGGCAAAGCAUUGUGACCAUGGAAGCUGUAACACAGUGAGUCAUGAUAUUGAGGCUAGCAAUUGUUGCUCAGGCACACAAAAUUUGAGCCUUUGUGCUGAGGAUAACUGCACAAAAUUGGUUGAAAACCAACAUGUCUGUGUUGAAGAUGACAGAAUCCAUGGAGAAAGACACUGCCACCAUCAUAGCACUACUGAGGACGGACAGAAAGUGACUGAAACUAGUCACCACCAGCACCCCAAAUGUUGUGGUGAAAACCAUAGCAGGCAUGAAGCAGUAGGAAACUUGGUAGAACACAGUUGUCUUAAGCGUCAAGAUACUGAGUCACACAAGUGCGUGGCUAGGGCUAGUUGUAUGAGCUUGGAGAAAAGGGAAGUUGGCGGAUGUUGCAAGAGCUACAGGAAGGAAUGUUGUGAGAAACAUGGACAUUUUGGAGCUGGAUUUGGAGGAGGCUUGACAGAAAUUAUCACUGAAUAAGUUUGCUAGCUACACCUAUUUUACAAAGAAGCUGUGUUAAUUAUGUAUACAUGCUUGUUUGUAGAGCUAAGGAUUUAGGAAAUUUUGACAUGUCAAUGGGCAUGAAUCAGAAUGAUGAAAUCAGCAAUGAAAUGAUUCUCCUUAAGUACCCAACAGAGGGGUCAAGAGCUUCAAUGGAAAAUAUUAAGGCUUUUGAAUUGAUCAUAUUAUAUGCUCCAUGAGGAAAGUACUGCACUAUGAAAGUAUGCCCCAGCGGAUCCAAAAUCAGAUUAGAUAUGUCACUAAAAUAUGAAAUCCUGUUUUCUGGUAGCUUGUCUAUGUCUAGCUUAUCUCAGAUCAGGGGCCUUGCAUGAGAAGACGAGAAGUAGAUGUACACAAGGACAACUUGCCAGCAAUGCCGCCUAUAUCUGCGGUAUCAGAAUGCAGGCAAAUCAUCCUUGGCUACACCACAUUCCAUCUCCACUUCUUCAUGCAAGACACCCUGACUAAGCAAACUCUUCAAACCAUAACAAUAUAAUUUGUGUAUUUCU